AUGAGCUCUCUUCAAUCAUUUAAUAAGCUCAAAUUACAAGAAAUUAGUAAAAAACAUAAGAACUAUAAGAAUAUAAUCAAAUUUCAUAACCUCAAAAAUCUUAGCCAAUUCAAACACAAAUUUGUUAAACACCUAAAAAUGAUGUCGUUUAAAUAAUUGAUGAUGAUGUAGUCGAAUCAAAUAAACGAAAAAUUGAUUUGGAGGCAUCUCUUCCAAAAUCAUAUUUCCAAGUGCCAAAUUUUAUUGGGGUUAAUUUAGACAUUAAUAAUAAUCAAUUUAAUAAAACAAAUGAUAAUACUAAACAUGUAUCUACUAAAACAGCAUCAAAUAAACAAGAAAUUAAGCUUAAAGACCCAAAACUCAUUCCUGAUCUCAUUCUGAAAAAGAAAAUAGACAAAAUUCCUUCAUCAAAUGAUUGUCAUAACAAAUCAUCUACCUUAUUAGAUCCUAUUGAAUAAAAAGAAACCUAGUUAAAUAAGCCUCAUUAAUCUAAAACAGAAUUCUAGAGCUAUUGGAAAAAGAAAAAGUCAUCCCCUUCUUUGGAUUUAAUAAAAAGAAAAGAUGGUAAGCCUUUAACUUUAAAACCAGAUUCAUUAUCUGAAUCACUUGAAAUUAGGACCUCAGAAGAUUUUUCUUUGAGAGAAGAUAGCAUUAAAAGAAAAGACAAUAUUAAAUUGCUUAAUAAGUCAGAUAAGAAAUUAAGUCAAGAUUUAAAAAAUUCAGAUAAAAAAGGAAAACUUGACAAAAUUGAAAAAAAGAAACAUUCAGAAUCAAAUACAAAAUAACUAAUUGAAAAAUCAACUAAAUAGAUCAUUCCAAUUAUUGAAAAAAAAGAUAAGAAAAAAUAAGAUAAAUAAGACAAUGAAAAUUCAAAAAAGGAUAAAAGAGAAAAAGAAAAAUUAUAAUAAUAAAAAGAGACUAAUUAAAUAUUAGAAAGAUUAGAAAAGGAGAAAUAAGAUAAAGAGAGAUUAGAAAAAGAAAGAUUAGAAAAAGAAAGAUUGGAAAAAUUUGAAAAAGAAAGAGCAGAAAGAUUAGAAAAGGAAAGAUAAGAAAGAAUUGAAUUUUUAGAAAAAUAAAAAUAAGAAAGAGAAAAAUAGGAUAGAUUAGAAAAAGAAAGAUAAGAGAGAUUAGAAAGAAGUGAUAAACAUAGAUAAAAAGAAGCAUAAGAAUUAGAAUCAAAUAUUGAAAAAUUAUUAUUUACAAAUCUUUAUGAAGGAUCUAAAGUCAAAAAAAAUUAAGAUUAAAUAAUAAUUGUUGAAAGUAAUGAAAAAGUUAUAAAGAAAUUAGAAAAAGAAUAAUCAAAAUUAGAAAGACCAAAUUGUAAUUAUUGUCAUAAUGUUGAUACUAAAACUAUUGAAAUCUAAGAUGGAGUAAGAAUUUGUACAUAAUGUUUGUUAGUAUCAAUAAAUCCAUUUUAAAAAAUAAUUUAAAGAUUAGCUUAUAUAGAAUAUAGAUGUUCAGGUAAAGAAAAUGCAAAAACAAGCUAAAGUUUUACUAUAGAUACACCACCUAAUUGUAAUCUUGAAAUAAGAUGUGUCUCUUUAAAUAAAUAAGGAUUAUAUGAUAUGACAUUUCCAAUGUCUUGUACUCUACUGAUAAAUGGAAAUACUAUUAAAGAAGUUAGACCAUUAUAAGAAAAAUCAAGUUUAAAAAAAAGGAGAGAUACUUCAAUUUAUAUAAAUGUCAAAGAUUUAAUAAAAUAGAAUAAUUCCUCUAAAAAAUUUGUAUUUUCAAUAAUAGAACAUUUGGCAGAUUAAUCAUAUCGUAAAGAUACUAUAGGAUCUAUCUAUUGUUUUGGAUUAUUUUUAGUGGAACCAUUAAAUGUUACUUAAGCUAUUGAGAAAUUUAAAGCGCUUGAUAUCCAACCAAAGAUUAGAACAGAAUAUAAUAAAAAAGAUAUCUAGGUUGCAAAAACAAUUAUUAGUCUCUAUUGUUAAUUUACUUUAGAAUUGAUUUAAAUACCAGCUAAGUAAAUUUAUAUUUAUAAAUAAUCUUAGAGGAGAAUUUUGCUAGCAUGAGUAAUGUUUCUGUUUGUGUAGUUUCUUAGAAAUGAUGAUUAAGGUAGAACAUAAAAAGUGGAUAUGUCCAAUAUGCAAAAAAAUAUGCUUCCAUUUGGUCAUUGAUAAAUAUCAAUUAUUUAUUAUUGAAAGAAUCAAACUAUUAGAGAUUUCUAUUGAUCAACUAGCAUUAGAUCAUAAUGUAUCAUAUUUAAAAUAAGUUAGGGUUAAUUAGAUAAAGAUGAAUAAAUUAAUUUAAUAUUGUAAGAUGAAUCUAUUAAAACAUAUUAAGAUAUAAUUGAUAGAGGAUACCAAAAUAUAAAUAAGAUUAAUAAAAAUGAUGAUGAUGAUGAUAUUCCAAUAGUACAUAAUGCUGGAAAGAGUUAAAAUUUAUCUAUAAUUUUAAUAGAUGAUUGA